GAGGCCUACUGACUUUGUCCUGAGUGGGAUGUGUCUCUUUCUUAUUUCCCAACAGGAAUAUAUUCAGGGAACGUGGAUGUAAGUGACGUGUUGUGCGCUUGUGUGAUCUUUGUUUUCCUUCCCUCCCUCUGCCCGGUUUGGGAUUUGCUGCUCAGAGACAUGCCUCCCUCUGCCUGGCUCCUUAUAGUCCCGGGGAGGCAGGAAUCCCGGACGAGUGGUACGGACAUCGCCGACGGAGACCGCAAACACGGCGCGGAGCCUUUCCCCUUUAAACACGGUCUUAUGACUACAGACUGCUUCAGGUCAGACGACCGGAGGACCGGAGCAGAGAGCAGAGACAGCAGCCCGAAUACAGACCGCACAGGACUCAUUCAGAGACAGGGAGGGACAGACGGAGACACACAGGACACAGCUCCCCUGCAGAGGCUGAAUGUUUGGAGCCAGUCUGAGAGAACAGCUGGAGUCACUACCUCAACUGUCUGCAGGAUUUAGUUUUUUGGGCCACCUCUUGCAGCCUGAGGACACAUUUCCCCUCCUGCAGCUCUGAGGUCAUGUGUCGCCUGCCGCUGGCUUCACUCUUCGUUUGCUUCUGGUUGGUGGAGAGGAGCCAGUGUGACGGCAGCUUUCAGGACAGCAUGGGAGAGCUGCACACCAGGUUCGCCGUCAGCCUCUACCACACGCUCACAGAGACGGAGAACAACUCCAACCUGAUCGUGUCGCCAGUCAGCGUCUCUCUGUCCCUGGGGCUGCUGCAGCUCGGUGCCAGGGGCAACACGCUGGCUCAGCUGGAGGGAACGCUCGGGUACAACGUGAACGAUGCCCAGGUACAAGACUUCCUGAUGCACUCACAGAUUGAUGACAGUAACAACAGCCAGGGGAUGUGGCUGCAGCAGACCUGCACAUUAUUCGUACAGAGUGGAGUCCAGCUCCUCACACAGUUCACACAACACGCGGCAGCCUGGGCCAACACCAGCGUGGUGCGAGCCAACUUCAGCCAGCCCAACAACACGCGCAGCCAACCGGAGCGGACUGAACACCACCACGGUGAGCAAGAUGAGACGCUCCUCCAGUCAGGGAGCAGCAGCGGGGAGCUGUCAGGGUCAGGAGAGCCCCAGGUGGAGGCUCUGUGGUGGGGCCACCGGCUGCAGAUGGCCCUGGUGAACAAGGUGUCGUUCAGGGGCGUCUGGCAGAAACAGUUCUUGUUCACCAACACGCAGAAUCUGCCCUUUGUCCUGUCUGACGGGACCGCCAUCAAGGUGCCCAUGAUGUAUCAGGCUACAGAGGUCAGCUUCGGUCAGUUCAGAACAGCGUUGGAUCAGCGUUACAUGGUGUUGGAGCUGCCGUACCUUGACCGCUCCCUGAGCCUGCAGGUGAUCCUGCCCAGCGAGAGGAAGACGCCGCUGUCCUCCAUCGAGUCCCAGCUCACCGCUCGCCACCUGGCCUCCUGGAACACCGGCCUCCGCAGAACCAAGAUGGACAUUUUCCUACCCAGAUUCAAAAUGCAGAACAAGUUCAACCUCAGGUCUGUGCUUCCCGCCAUGGGGAUAAGUGACGCCUUCAACCCAUCUGCAGCCGAUUUCACAGGAAUAUCAGUGGAGGAGUCUCUUUAUGUGUCUGACGCUUUCCAUGAAGUGAGAAUAGAAGUCACAGAAGAUGGGACAAAGGCAGCUGCUGCUACAGCGAUGGUGCUACUCAAACGAUCUCGCGCUCCUGUAUUCAAGGCGGACCGGCCGUUCUUAUUUCUUCUACGACAGAUCAACACAGGAUCCAUCUUGUUUAUGGGCCGAGUGAUGAACCCAGCAGACCAAGCAUCCUAAGACUCAAACGCCCCAAACACGCCUCACACCCACACACACUCCUACCCUGACCCCUAUUUCACCACUGGUAUUUAUUUUGUGGACCAACAGGAGGGUCCGCGGACACUUCAGGAAGAGGGACAAUAUUUUUGUACAUGUCUGUAAAUAAAAUUUUAAUACAUGUUUUUACA